CUUCAGGGGGACGUCGUGGAAAUCGCGCCGCGACGCUCCCGAAACCGCCCACGAGGAGCCGCGUCUCGAUGCCGGGCGUCGCGACGUUCCGAGCGCCAGUUUGAACGACGAUCCCCCCGUGAAAAAGCGGCCACGACGACGACUAUCCAGGUGUAGAUUAGACAAAACGAGAAUCGAUAUUUCACAUAAAAAAAAGUCAUGGCGAGAUUGGUGAACAAACAAUUCAACUCGCCGAUCGGGCUCUACUCCCACCAGAACAUCCAGGACGUGAUGGAUAGAGACGCUCAAAUUCUAGCCAACGGAGCCGUUGGCAUCGACUUUAACAACCCCGGAGUCGGCAAACCGGACAACCUGAAGAACUCGGCGGUCUUGAGGAUGCUGGAGGAGGAGGAGAACCGGCAAAGGAACGGUCAUGAAACUGGGGUAAAACGAGUCGCUUGGCCACCACCAUACGAAACUGGACCAAGUGGUUAUAACGAAACGAAUCCAAUCCAACCGCAAGGCGGACCUCAUUACCCCUCUCAGUCUGCCGGCCACCAACAGAAUAACCAACCCCAUCAAUCGGCGCCCUCUAACGCCCCCUACCAACAGCAACGCGCACCCUUGAAACUCGACGUUUCCCAGGGCGGCCCGUCCCCGCUCGCCUCGCCGCUCCUCAACCAGAGCCCCCAAGGCUACCGCCCGGCCACGCCGGCCAAGAACUGGGCGUCCGUCCACUCGCCCGUCGCCACUCCCAACCCGCCCUCCUGGGGCAGCCCCGUCCAGCCCAACCAGCCCAACCAGCCCGCCUGGCGCCAGAAAAACCCCACCAAGUUCCAAGCCGCCCACCAGCCCGUCAGCCAGCAGACCUUCCUCGGGCAACAGUACUCCGGGGCUCCCAUUUCCCAUCAACCUGUUCAGCAAUAUCAAUCUCCUAAUCAACAGUACCAAUCUCCCGAGCAACAAUAUCAAUCUCCUGGUCAACAGUACCAAUCGCCUGCUCAAUACCAGUCUCCUGGUCAACAAUAUCAAUCUCCUGGUCAACAGUACCAAUCUCCUGGUCAGCAAUAUCAAUCUCCUGCUCAGUACCAAUCUCCUGGUCAACAAUAUCAAUCUCCUGGUCAACAGUACCAAUCUCCUGGUCAGCAAUAUCAAUCUCCUGCUCAAUACCAAUCACCUGGUCAACAGUACCAAUCUGCUGGUCAGUUGUACCAAUCUCCCGGUCAACAAUACGAUCAUUUCGACCAAUCUGUGGCUGAUCAGUACAAUAAUAUUCGCCAGCAGAGUUCCGAGCAAUAUUCGUAUUCUGAACAAUAUCAAUCGUCUGAACAGGUGAACAACCAGCACCCGAUCCAAUACCAAUCGUCGCCUGUUCAAGGGUGCGGCGCUCCUGCGGCUCAGGUGCAGAGACAGCCGAGCAGACCGGUGGAACCGCCGCCGACUACCAUCACUCUGAGACCGGAACCGCCGGUUAACCAGGCCCCGCCGCCGGUGUACUCUUCGCAACCAGCCACGGCGACUUUAAAAGUUAUUGUGAAUCCGAAAAAUUUACGCGGAGACCUGAAAUGGCCUCCGGACGACGUUAGACGAAAGAUGCUCGACGAAGCCGAAAACGUAGCUAAUAGUAAUAGUUUCCUUUCUCUUCAAGGUGGCAAACAUCUGCGCGGAGACCUGAAAUGGCCUCCCGAAGAGGUGAAACAGCAGGCCGCCGAAGAGAACCGGCUGCGGCUCGAACUGGCCAAAGGGCCGGUCUGCAGGCCGCGCAAAGUCAAGCGGGAUUACACUUCAUUCUUCGAACAGCACGCGCUCAACAACACCUAUCCCGGUUACAAAAUCCCGCCCGGGACGCAGUUUUAUAAAACCGCUUAGAUUCUGUUUCUGUAUAUAAUUAUUUUUGUUUAUUUUCUACUGCUAUACUUACAUCUUACCUAUUCUAUUCUAAGUGCGGAAUUGAAUGUUGUUGUUGUUGUUGUUGUUGGGUUAAAACUACCCGCGAAAAGUAGUUUAAUUUGUAUGAAUUAUAAUGAUUUCUAGCGCUGUAAAUAAGCGACAAUGCGCUUGUGAUAAUGCUGUUGAACUGAUUUUAUUUAAUUGUACUAGCGUAUAGAUAACCAAGAUGAAAAUUAUGGCGAAUUUACUAAACAAAUCGAUGAAUGUUGUGAUUAUUUUAGCAACGCGCCGCUUUUCUCACGAAUUUUAGAUGAUUUUACUGAUUGAAAGCGAUUACCUACUACACGAUGCGACGGCUUUGCUCUCGUGCAAAACACUCAUAUGUUAUUUAUGUAUCAAAAAUAUAUGUAAAAAACGUUCUUGUAAGAUAUUUGUACUAUGUACGGUAACAAAAAAAUUAAUAUAAAUAAAUAAUAGGAAAAAAAUUGCUUACCAUAA